GUGGUAUACCAUAUACUUCCAAGGAAAAAAAUAAUUUUCAUCAUGCAGAGGACUGACAACCCUAUCAACAACCUUUCCAUUUGCAUGUCUUUUAGCAAUAAAUCACUCUCCUACUUCCCUAGGAAGCUCCUCUGCGGAUGCUUACGAUAACCGCUAAAGCUCAUAAUUCGUAAAAUUCAAUUUGAAAAUUGUGUAGCCAUCAUAGCCUCCUCCAGUUUUGUAUCACUUUAUCACUAGCUUUUAUAAUAUAAACAGUAUGAUGAAAAAAAUGAUAUGAAUUGUAUGUCUCUGUUAGCGUUUCUCUUUCCCCUUUGACAGGAGUUUUCUUUGUUUCCUGCGCUGCAUAAAUAUUAGUCUUUAUGGUGACUCAGAAAACACAUAAAUGAUACCAUACUACUAUGUGCCUUGGUAGCACUGCAGGGUUCUCGACAGCACAUCCAGAGAGAGAGAGAGCUUGUACUGAGAGAGAAAAAUGGACUCCAAACAUAUAUUUGGAGGAGUUGUAGCAGCUUUCUUGUUCGGGUUUGUUGUCCUCUACAGUUCAAGAGGGAGAGAGAAUAUCAAAGCUUCAGAGAAAAAUCGAAGCAAGAAAACUUUGAAAAGCUCUGGAAAUGGAGUGUGCAGAUCAAAUUUUGCUGGAAAUACUGAUGUGAUCAUCGUAGGAGCUGGUGUUGCUGGUUCAGCUCUUGCUUAUGCUCUCGCAAAGGAUGGAUGGCGCGUGCAAGUUAUUGAAAGAGACUUGACUGAGCCCGACAGAAUUGUUGGUGAGCUCCUGCAUGCUGGGGGCUGCAUUAAAUUGGCCGAGUUAGGUCUUCAAGACUGUCUAGAUGGGAUUGAUUCUCAGACAGUCCUCAGUUUCGCUGCUGUUCACAAAGAUGGGAAAAGAACUGCAAUUUCAUAUCCCGCCAAUGCGAGUGGCAGAGGCUUUCACAAUGGCCGCUUCAUCCAGAAACUACGUGAAAAAGCCGCAUCUCUUCCCAACGUUAAACUUGAUCAAGGAACUGUAACAUCUCUUGUCGAAGAAAAUGGAACUAUCAAAGGUGUGCUAUACAAAACAAAGGCAGGCCAGGAGUUAGCAGUUUCAGCUUCACUCACAAUAGUAUGUGAUGGUUGUUUUUCAAAUUUGCGACGCAAUCUCUGCAAUCCAAAGAUUGAAGUCCCAUCUUACUUUGUUGGUUUGGUCCUGGAGAACUAUAAUCUUCCAUAUGCAAAUCGUGCAUACUUUAUUUUGAAGGAUACAAUUGUCAUAGCUUAUCCUGUUAGCAGCAAUGAAAUUCGUUGUUUAGUUGAUGUACCUGGCUCGAAACAACCACCUAUUUCCAAUGGCGAAAUGGCAAGCUACUUGAAAACAGUGGUGGCACCUCAAAUGCCACCUGAGCUAUACAAUGCUUUCAUGUGUGCAAUUGAUAAGGGCAACAUAAGAACAAUGCCAAACAGAAUCAUGCCUGCGUCUCCCUAUCCAACCCCUGGUGCGUUUAUGAUAGGGGAUUCCUUGAAUAUGCGCCAUGCCGUAACAGGAGGAGGAAUGACUGUGGGACUUUCUGAUGCUGUUCUACUGCGAGAUCUUCUUAGGCCUCUGAAUGAUCUUAGUGAUGGAGCUGCCAUUUGCAAAUAUCUUGAAUCCUUUUACAUUCUGCGUAAGCCAACGGCAUUUGCAAUAAACACAUUGGCAAGCACCCUACACACAGUAUUCUCUUCAUCGGAUCAUGAUCCAUCAAGGAAGGAAAUGAAAGAAGCAUUCUUCAAUUAUUUGAGCCUUGGAGGCGUGUUCUCAGAAGGACUGAUGGCUCUUCUGUCUGGUCUAAACCCUGACCCGUUGAGCUUGGUUUUCCACUGCUUUGCCAUGCUUGUCUAUGCUGUUGGCGGCUUAUUGCUUCCAUUUCCUACACCAAAACGCAUAUGUAUUGCGGCAAAACUAAUUUUGGUUGGAUCAGGCAUCAUCUUCCCUAUACUAAAGGCAGAAGGAAUUAGAGCAACAUUCCUCCCGGCAACAAUGCCUGCUUACUACAGAACUCCUCCUGUCCAAUCCACUGAUGAUAGAGAAACAGGGUAAUAGUUGGUUAUUCUUUAAUCAAACAAGAAACAAAUUAUAAAACCUGCAGUAUUUUAAGAUAUAGCUAGUUGUUUUGCAUUUUUUUUCUUCUUAUAAUAUAGCAGUACCGUCGUUGUUCGAAUUCCCU